GUCAGAAGCAAGCUUCCUGAUGCGUUCUUUAUCCUAAGAGACACAGAGAAGGGAGCUCCAUUCAUCAGCACUGCCACAUUCAGGUGCAGAGUAGAAGAAUGCCUCACACUAGGCUUCUCCUGCUGCUGCUCAUGCUGUGUAUGGCCAGAUCCAGUCUUCAUUACAAGUUAUACAAAGCAGAAUCCAUCUUCAGCUGCCUGAAAGAGGCCUUAGAGGAGGCCAAGAGUAGAAAUAUUGAAAAUAACUCAGUUCUUAGCAAAAGGGAAUAUGAAUCUGAGCCACGAGAAAUCCUGUCCCAGGAGGAAAUGGAUGAGGAAGAUGAGAAAGAGAAAAGGACAUUUCCUCCAGCUGCACGCUACAGAUACAUUUCCCAGCCACAAGUAAAGGGAAGAGUUUACCAAAACAAGGCAAAAAGUGAUAGUCGAACCAAAUUCACACUUUCACUUGAUGUUCCUACCAAACUUAUGAAUAUCAUGUUUGACAUUGCUAAAGCUAAGAAGAUGAAUGCAAAAGCAGCAGCCAAUGCCCAACUUAUGGCACAGAUUGGCAGAAGGAAGUAAGGAAGGCCAGGCCCUGUGUGGGCCCGGAAGGAAAAUACACGCAUUGGCACAGAACUGGUGCACAGCACAGUGAUGUGAGAAUCCCUUCCAUCUCCACACAUGGCCAUUUUAUGGAACUUUUCUUUGUAUAGUAAAUUGCUAUAUUUCAGUUCUUCAGAGCUGCAUUUGCUUCCCAUUUGUCUGUAUCCAAGGGUGAAAGUCGAUCCUACUUAUUUCACCUUUUUUUCAUCUUUUCCCUCUUUAUCCAUCGAGGCUCCACAGAUUUUCGAUCAUGUCAUAUUUUCUUUAUUUUCCUUUGGUGUUUUCCUUUGCAGGGAGAUUUAAUUGCACAAAAUGAAAAGUAUUAAAAAAAAGUUUGCAUCUC